AUGAAGCCGUCGGACUCAGGCAGCCCUCUCAUUCGGCGCAAGUCGUCGACACCACACUACCAGACCUUCGGCGGCAUCAAUCCACCCAAGUCGAAGGGAAAGCCGUUCUCCGUCGAGUCCUCCAAUUCAUCCAGCCAUGAUCUGCCCCACGAACAUGAUCACCACCACAGCUCUCCGCUUCCGAAGAAACAGAUGACAAUACUUGCCAUCAUAGCCUUGUCGGAGCAGACAGCACUCAACUCGAUAUCACCAUACUUGCCUAGUAUGGCCGCUUCGUUUCCGGACGUCGACCGGAACCAGGUCGGCGUGUACGUCGGCACGAUUGCCUCAGCAUUUGCACUGGCUCAAUUGGCCACAAACUUCUUCUGGGGCUGGCUAUCAGAUCGAAUAGGCCGAAAGCCGGUCAUACUUAUGGGCACUGUGCUCACUGCGGCAUGCUUUGUCGCUUUCGGCUUUUGCAGAACAUUAUGGCAGGCUGUCAUGGUGCAGGCACUCAUGGGUCUCUCCAAUGGCAACCAGGGCGUGGUCUCGACAUGUCUGGGUGAAAUCACUGAUCGCAGCAACCAGUCGAAAGCCUUCACAUAUCUGCCGGUGCUCUACGGGUUAGGCGCAAUUACUGGUCCUAUUAUUGGAGGGUUACUAGUCAUGGAAACAAAUCCGCUGACUCACAAGCCCGCGGGAUAUCCGUUUCUACUGCCAAACCUGUUUUCGGCCGCUAUACUGAUGGUAGACUUUGUGCUCACAGCCAUCUUCCUUGAGGAAAGUCUGGAACAAGCUCACUACCUACCGCCUCUAGGGAAACGUGUGAAGAAUCUCUUCUCCUGGCUGUGGCAAUUCACCAGCUCUACAAGGCCGAGCUAUCUACGUGGAAAGCAUAGGCGGCCGUCUCAGCGAGGUAGAGCAACGGACGAGGAGGAUUCUGAGGACGAAGCAGAGCCCGAGAUGCCCAGCCUCAUGCCGGUUCUGUCUGCAGAAGAGCUUACUAAGAAGGACAUCUUGAAUCGCGACACAAUGUUGCUGCUCAUAACUUACCUCAUCUUCCAAUUAUCUAAUGUUGCCUUCAACUCACUCUACCCGGUCUUCGCCCAGGCCGAAGCACCACAAGGACGAAACCUCAAGCCAGGCGAGAUCGGUCUGUCGUUGGCCUUUGCUGGAGCCAUUACUAUUGUGUUUCAGGUUGGCGUCUUCGGCAAAUUGCGUGACAAGAUGGGAAAUAAAGGAGCGUACAGGACAGGACUCUUUGGAUUCGUGAUUGCCUUUGUCUUGAUGCCUUGGGUAGGCUACAAGACGGAUGGCAAGAUUGGCAUGUCGUCUGGAGCUGUCUGGAUGUGGCUCGAGAUUGGUGUGGUACUGCUUGUCAAGACCGUCUCAUCGGUGGGAGGCUUGACCAGUGCAUUGUUGCUGAUUACGAACUCAGCUCCAAACCACAAUGUACUUGGCACGCUCAACGGUCUAGCCCAGACGCUGUCGGCAGCAGGCCGAGCGGUGGGCCCGUUCCUGUCGGGAGGCCUCUUCACCGUCGCCUUGAAGGUGCAGCCAAAGGGCGAAGCGCUUGCAUUUGGUGCCUUUGGCAUUGUGGCAUUUAUUGGGUUCUUGCUAAGUUUUGGCAUUCGUUCUCCAGAUCUAGAAGCAGAGGGAUGGGAGUCUGGCAGUGAAGCAAGUGAGCCUUCAGGCGACGAAGAAGGGGAUGGGAGGUAG